CUUGUGAUAUUCAAGCCUCUCCGCUUCUCUCUUCCUCGGCGUUUCGUCUUCCGAUUCCGUCUCCUCUCAGCUUGCGGUUGACCCGAUGGCGGAGAAGCAGUUGAUCGUGGUCGUUGAAGGCACGAUGGCCAUGCAGCCUUACUGGCCCACCGUCUUCUGCGAUUACGUCGAGAAGAUCAUCAGGUCCUUACCCGGAAACGAGUUAUCUGGAUGUGGUCAGAAGCCCUCCUCCACCUCUACCGUUGAGAUGUCUCUGAUCACAUUCAACACUCAUGGAUCUGGUUGCUUGGUACAACGGAGUGGUUGGACAAGAGACAUUGAACUUUUCUUACAAUGGUUAUCAGCUCUUCCCUUAAAUGGUGGUGGUUUUAGUGAUGCUGCAAUUGCAGAAGGGCUGUCUGAAGCCCUAAUGAUGUUCUUGACCAUUCAAAAUGGAAGCCAAAAUCAACAAAAUGUGGAUUUUCAAAAGCAUUGCAUUCUUGUUGCUGCUAGUGACCCUUGUCCCCUUCCCACACCAGGCUAUAGACCACAAAUGCAAAACAUGGAGCAGAGUGAAAUUUCUGAUGCGCAAACCGAAAGCUGUCUGUAUGAUGCUGAGGCUGUUGCUAAAUCAUUUGCACAGUGCUUUGUUUCUCUGUCAAUCAUCUGUCCAAAACAGCUUCCUAAACUCAGAGCUAUUUACAAUGCGGGAAAGCGCAACCCCCGGGCAGCAGAUCCACCUAUUGAUAAUGUGAAAACCCCCCACUUUCUCGUUCUAAUCUCAGAGAAUUUUAUUGAGGCACAGGCUACUUUAAGUCGUCCUGGAAGUACGACUUUACCCUCAUAUCUGAAAGCUUCUGUUGGAUCAGUAACAAAGCCGCAUGAACGUUAUCCCGGUUGGAAAAUGUCAAAUAAGAAGAAGGGCCUUACCAGCCUUCCACCUCCAACUUCUAAUCCAUCUGGUUCCUCCUCUGGAACCAGUACAAUGAAUCCUACUCUUGGAAUCUCUCAACAAGCCCAAUCUGGGAUACAGUCGCUUGGUGCAGACAAUAGUUCGGUAUCUAAUCCGUUGUCACAACAAACGUCAAGUGCUCUGCAUCCUGCACAAUUCGAAUUUGUAAAAGUCUGGGAGGGAAAUUUAUAUUUUUCUGGGCGGAGACAAGGACCACCUGUGUUUAUUACUAGAUUGGAAGGAUACAUAUGUUUUUCAGCAUCUGUGGCGCUUGCAGUAAACUUGCCACCGACAUUGCAAAUAGUCAGGGUCACACCUCAGGAACUCAUGUAUAGCAGGCAUUUUGUGAGACGGGUAAAAUAUCAAAUAUUUAAGGCAAUGGAUCAGAAUGACUUUUUUGGGAUGUUGCAAGAAAAAAAGCUUUGUGCUAUCAUCAAAUUGCCGUCUGAGAUACUACUGCUAUCUGUUUCGGAUAAACUUAACUGCAUGGUUGGAAUGGUGUGCCCAUUGGAUUUGUUUCUGUCAGCGCCACAACCAACAGGUGGUGAGCAAGGACAGGUAACAACAGAAGCCUCAGCUUCAACAGAUGCAGCAACAGCAGCCGCAGGGAUUCAGGGUUUGGUUCUGUCAGAGCCACAAACAGGUGGUGAGCAAGGACAGGUAACAACAGAAGCCUCAGCUUCAACAGAUGCAGCCGCAGCGACCACAACAAGGGCCUAA